AUGUCUGCGUACCCUACUACGGUGUUAUGGCUCGAAUCUUCCAUCAUCGACUCAAUUCGGGCACAUGUUUUUCUCUCACCUAUUCCACCGCUUCCACCACUUCCCACUACCCCUUCAAACGCCGAUGUAGUCAAAGCCUUGUUUGAGAUGCUCCAUGGAACGCCAUUCAUCAAGUUCUUCUUCUCCGUUGUAUCUUGCAUCUUCCGCUUGAUUGGGAUUCCGCACCAUCAAGUGGAUCGGAUUGAUCCGUCAAGCGAAUUUUUGGGACUUACAGGUUUUGAAGAACUCGGCUUAUAUACUCAUCAGACAUACCAGCCUCUUGAGAUUGGAAAAUUCAAAGAUUUGGGCACUACCAUCAUUGGUUUUGAGAAGACUGCUAUUUCGAAGCAAUAUAUGAAUGACGGUUGUAGUAACAUUUUUCAUCUUGAAAUUGCUGUCAGGUUUGUGUUGAGAUCAUACAUAGAAUGUGGUGGUACAAUUGUUGGAUUGUCAAUUGUUUCAUGCCUAAGUGAGCUUAAAACAAAAGCUAAAGGAGUCAGGUAUACCAUAAGUAUUGUAGAAGAGCUUACAUUUGUCAAAAAAGUUGCAGAAAGCACUCGUGUGAUCCUGGACCUGUUUACAGGGUGUUGUUGCUGCACUUGCUAUUUACUUUGCAACACAAAUGGGUCAUUAUCUUAUAGCAUACUACAACAUAUUCGACUAUUAUGUAUUUGUAAAUGGGCGAAACGUAGACAAUAG